AUUAUCUUUUAGGGCACUGCUGUAAUGGCCAGCCUAUUCGUGCCCCUGCACGGCGGGCCCAUCCACGCCCCGGGCAGCCCAGCACAGGGCGCGGCACCGCCGGGGCUCCGUGCCCCCCGCAGCUCCGGCAUCAGCCCCCCGCGGCUGCGCUCGGUCCCGCCCGCACCAAAGGCUGCAGGGGGUGCCGGGGAGGCUGUGCCCUGCCGCAGGGCGGGGAGCCCACAAACACAGAGCAUUCCCCACCCGCCCCUUGGGCCCUUCUGCCCGGGCUGCGCCCUGUCCCAUACAAGAGCCCGGGGAAGGGGCAGGACCUGGCCGGGGGGCAUGCCAUGGAGGCGGCCGAGGCCACGGCCAAGGCGCUGCGGGCACCCAAGUGCUCCCGCUGCCGCAACCACGGCUUCGUGGUGCCCGUCAAGGGCCACGCCGGGCACUGCCGCUGGAAGCUGUGCCUGUGCGAGAAGUGCUCGCUCAUCUCCGAGCGGCAGAAGAUCAUGGCAGCCCAGAAGGCGCUGAGGCAGCAGGAGACGGAGCUGCCGGGCCGGGCGGGCGCGGAGCCCGUUCCGUCGGGCGAGGGUCCCGGGGCGGCCCGGCAGGACGGAGGGCCCGAGCCCUGCAGCCACGAGAGGAAGAAGGGCACCCAGCCCGACAGCGGCGGCAAGGGCACGGCAGCCUGGGGGCCACCGCCGCCUCCCUUCAGGGACGACGCUUACCCUGCUUUUCCUCCAGAAUACGCCGUCAACCCAGAAUACCUGGAGAGAGAAAUCCCCAAAGUGUACCCUGGGUGUUCUGGGGUGUAUCCUUACCACCCAUUUCCCCUGGGAUUUGCCAUCAAUGAGUCAAGCAGUGGGGAAGCACCAUCACCUCCAGGGAUAUCACUUCAGAGAGGAUUCCGACACAUUCCUAGCAGCUAUGUGCCAGGGAAUGCAGCCACUGUAUCAGUUCCAGAUGGAGCUGGAGACUUCCCUCAAGGAUACUACACUCCUCUGCAUCAGUUCAUCCCAUCAAGUUUUCUAACAGGGAUUCAUUACAUCCCAGCUCCAAUGUCACUGAACAUACUGGCUGAAACAACCAAGGAAGUACAUGCUACUGAAACUGACAGUGAGGAUUCAGGAAUGGUUCAUGAACAUGGCCAAACUCCUUCUUCUCCAGAAUAAACAAGAAGAGACCAAUCUGUACAUUAUAAACAAUAAAUGGGCUGGAGAAGAGCUGAGAGCAGGCAGCACUGUUUGUUUCUGAGUGUUAGUUAAUGAGGGUAGAAUGACACUUAAUCACUAAGCAGUCACAACAGCCAGAAGGGGAUUAGUCCCCUGCCUCACUUUAUGAUCAAUAUUUGAGCUACCAAGCUCACAGCUCUGCCUCCCAAGCACUACAAAGCCCAUGUUCCUAAAAGGUUUUCCAGUGGAUGCAACAAAUGAUUUUGACUCUGAAUUCGUUCCUCUGCUGAGGUUACCCAGACCAUGGUCUCUGAGCCAUGUGCAUUCUGCAGCAUUUUCAUGUUCAUGACAGUAGUCAGAAAGAUGUUGUUUGUAUCAGUUUGCUGUAAAGGAAAUCUGGUUCUGAAUGUUACAGAAGAGUUAAAUGAUGUGGAGCCUGAAGAUUGUGUGAGAGAGGAUGUGGAGACAGCCUGGGUUGCUGAUGCACUUGGCUGCCUAAGAAGGUGACUGAGCAGGGGAAGGGAAGGGCAUGGCAAGAAUGUGUGGAAAGGCCUGGUGCCUCCACAUUGUUCCUGGGUCCUUUAAGGCACCUUCUGUGUACACUGGGGACAAAGUUAUUUGGAAUCCCCUCUUGUCACACAGGCUUUGCAUCUGACAUUUUGAAUAUCCUUGAUGAUUUAUACAUGAUUUCAGUGUUGUUUAACUUUUGUCAGCUGAAACUGAGCAAUGCUGUUUCUAAAGGGCUGCUGUAGACAGCUUUACACCUAUGUACUGGAAGUACACUGUGUGGAGAGAUUUGCCCAGGACAAAACACCAGUUAAAAUAAUAAUUAGUUAAAUCCAUCCAUACUAUGAUUGUCAAUGAUAAUCUUUAAUUAAAAAUGAAUGGUAUAUUCCUCUGCUGUUUUGCCUGGAUUAAUUGGUUUUGUAUCAAGUGGAUCAGUUGUUAAUGUUUGAAUAAUUGGGGUGAGACUUUUGUAUAAUUAAAAAAGAUACAUUAAACUGUUGUUCUGGUUUGAUGUGUGUCUGCAUGUAAUUUUUCUAGCCAAAAGUCAAAAUUACCUGUUACCCUGAACAGCUCUGUGCAACAGACUUGUCUGGAGAGAGAUUAAGACCUCAGUAUUUUUUUCUUACGUCUUUCUGCUUCUGCAGAGGUGAGCACAGUAAAAUAAACAGACUUCUUUUCUGAUAAUUGUAUUAAUAACUCCUUGCUCAAUGCAAGAUGUAAAGAAGUUCUGCUAAGCUGAACAUUUAUCUUUUGUUUAAUGUAGUAGAUGUUCUGCUGGAAUGCUUUGCAGCACAGUGUUUUGGGGCAAAAGUGAAUGUGGCAAAUUUAGAACUGCCAAGAAAAAAACCAGAAAAAGUCACUUAUCUGUAGAAAGAAUUGGAUGUAUAACUUCUAAUACUUUAGAUUUACAAUAGGAUCUUUGCUCCCAGGAC